AUGCACCCCAACAUUCUCACACUCGUCGCCACCGUUUUCGUGGGCAAGGCCGCCGCCCAGCAGGUCGGUACCUACACCACCGAAACGCACCCCAGGAUGACCUGGCAAAGGUGCAGCUCCGGGGGCUCCUGCACGAGCGUAAAGGGAGAGUUGGUCAUCGACUCCAACUGGCGCUGGGUGCACGACAAGAAUGGCUACACCAACUGCUAUACGGCCAACGAGUGGAACUCGACCAUCUGCGCCGACAACCAGUCGUGCGCGGCCAACUGUGCCCUCGACGGCGCCGACUACUCGGGGACGUACGGCGCGACCACCAGCGGGAACGCCCUGACCCUUAAAUUUGUGACCAAGGGGUCUUACAGCACCAACAUCUGCUCUAGAUCUUAG